AUGUAUACUCUAUUCUAUGUAGAGGUCUUGCUUUGCAAUGGGCAUCAGCAGAUAAAGAGGAAGAAACACAGGGGCAAAAAAAGAAAAACAAAAAAAAUGUAUGAAAUGAUUUUACGAUAUAAAGGGAUGAGCUGUGUUUCCAGUUGGUUGUUGUAUCGGUGCUAUUGUGUUAGGAGUGUCUCAUUACACCUCAUUUACGCUAACAAUUCCUCAAGAUAUUUGCUAUUCAAUAGUGAACUUUUUCACAUACGUAACAAGACAUUGCAAAAAGGGGACAGGAUGGUUACAAACAGGGCGUUGACAUAUGUCAACUCUUCUACUCCAUUGAAGAUCAUUGAAAAUGAAAUUGACUUGGAUAAUUGCUACGGAGAUAAAGAAAUUGUAGUUAAAGUUCACGCAGCUGCUUUCAAUCCAAUUGACUUUAUACUUCACGACUUUGCAAACAAAUGGCUCGUUGGUUCAAAACCAAAGACUAUUGGUAGAGAUUAUUCGGGAGAAAUUGUGAAGGUAGGCGAGAAAGUUGAUAAAGAAUGGGCUGUUGGCGACAAAGUUUGUGGGUUGUUUGAUGCUGUUUAUAAUGAGCAAGGUGCUAUGAGAGAUUACCUAGUGUUUGAUCCAGAAAGCUCAAGAACUAAAUUGUUGACAAAGCUUCCGGAAUUCCAUGACGCACAGCAUAGUGAUUAUGUUUUAGGUGCUGCUUGGCCCUUAGUGUUUACCACUACCAUUCAGGGAUUCACCGAUUAUGGUCAAAAAUUCGGCCCGGAUUCGAACAUCUUAGUGCUAGGUGCCUCGACAAGUGUUGGAUUUCACGUUAUUAAAAUUGCUAAGGAACUUUACAAUGUAAAUGCAGUCGUUGGGACAUGUAAUUCUAAGUCAUUCGAAAGAAAUAAAGAAGUUGGCUGUGAUUAUUGUAUUGCUUAUGACACAGAGGAUAUCCCCGUACGAUUGAAGGAAGUAAUUACUGACGAGCUUAAGGGACAGAAAUUUGAUCUUAUCUUCGAUUGCGCGGGUUACAACGAUUUGAUCCCCCAUAUCAACGAUUACUUAAAACCAAAGAAUCAAAAUUCCCAGUACAUCAAUAUUACCGGUACCGUUAAAUAUCAAUUCGAUCCUAAAAAGCAAACGAAGGGAUUUAUCUGGAAAAGUCUCCUUGGUAUGUGCCGUUUCCAUCGUUCCUUCAACUAUCAUUUCUUGCUAAUGCGUACCGAGCGUAGUAUUGGCCCCAAAUUUAAAGAAUUCUUGUCGAAUGGACACUAUCAUCCACCAAUUGACAGCGUGACUCCAUUGGAUCAAUAUAAAACUGCCGAAACAAAAAUGAGAAGCUAUGGGGCAAAGGGGAAGAUGGUGAUUUCAUUUGAAUGA